CCUUAUAACCCUUACUAGCGGUGUCUACUAGGAGGGUCCUCUUCAUACCUCACAUACUAUGCCUUUGGGUAGCCGAUACAUACCAAUCAUCUUGCCUUGGGUGCAGAACUUGAUAAAGCGCCUACCUUGGUAGCGCCAUCACCACUCUUCGUUAGUACGUGGUCACAUACGCUCGUACAAUGAUUGGCAAUGAUUGGUAUCAAAUUUGGCUAAUUCAGGGGAAACUCUACAGGCCUUACUCCAAAGACUCGUCUACGUGCUCUAUACAAGUUCACUAGACCUGAUACGACAGAUGGCACCCGGAGGUAGCUCUAUCCAGGUCACAAAACUCGACUGGCAGCCGCCGAGAGGCAGCCCUAUCGCCGACCUUAUCUUACCAGAAGCUAGUCUGAUCGCCCAAGGAUUAGAUCCCUUGGUGGCUGCUUCUUACUACAACCUGACAUCAAGCCCGCUAUGUCGACUGCCGGACGAGCUGCUACUAGAUAUUAUGGGCCGCGUCGAUUGGGUAGGCCUACAGUGUCUGCGAAGAAGCUCGCGCGUUUUCAUGCGACUUUUUGGCGCCCACGAGUUCAGAUCGUAAUGCGUUAAACCCUUACCACCUCUAUUCAGAGGCGAUCCUUAGUCGACUGCAACCCCCAAAGCACACAACCACCUAGAAGCGAAG